AAGUGCAUGGCUCAGAUCAAGGGUACCCUUCACUGACCUCAACUUCAUUUGGAGAUAAUAUGAAAUCGGUUUCCCUACAAUGUUUACAAACAUUAAUAAUGUGAUGCUAAUAGUGUGAGGAAUCUUACCAAACCAUUAAUUAUGGCUUGUCAUGGGUUUUUGGGGCACCAGCAUGCAUAAUGUCAUGAAAAAUACCCAUAUUUGGACAUUAAAAUGUUACACGGGAAGCAUGUGUAUUUUUAAUCUCAAAUUAACAGUAUUGUUUCAUAUUUUUUUGUCAUGAUUUUUAAAUGAAAUGAAAGAAUGAUAUCUCUAAUUGAUUUCCUGUGUGUUUCAUUCACUGAUCCUCGGUGUUGAAUAUUUUUAAUUGCCGUUUGAACAUUAUUGAAUCGUACAUAACCUUGGUGUCCGGCUGUUGUCCCAAAAUUGUGUAGAAAAAAUUUCAUGAAAGAAAUAGCCUCAUAAUGAUUAAAAUGUAAUGUAUCGAUGAAAUAAUUACACAACAAUAAAACACCAUCAAAAUGUUUGUGCUCACGUGAUUAAAACAUCAUUGUGAAAACAAUAUUGUAACCUAGGAAAUUUUCGUGUCCGGCCCGUUAUGUACGUGCACAUGAAGCUUACGGGUCGAUUGAAAAAGUAAGCAACCUAUUUUGUACACGAAAUGAAAAGUACCUUCGUGGGCAAAAUAAAAAAUGUAUCCUUCCGCCGGGAAUUCGCCCAAACGCGCCGCAAUAAGGCAAAGUUGCUUCGUGUCCGGCCAUUUUGUUCCGAGUUAUGUACGAUCACCUUCACGAGCUCGAAAGCAGUACCAUUGAAUUCUAUCAACUAUUGGCGAUUUCCCGGUCCAUUGUCAAGUUUAAGAUUGCAGGCUUGCGAUGGAUGGUCGGGCUUUGCGUCCUAGAAGGGGUAUUCCUCCCAUCAUGCUAACUGACCCAGUACCAAAGGAAAAGAAGAGCAGGAAAGAAUAUUCCCAGAAUCAACGGGAUAAACGAAAGAAGGAUCCGGAGUUGCACCAGUUGUUCAAGGACUGUGAGAAGUUAAGACUUCAAGAUUAUAGGGAACGACAAUCUGAAGCUUCAAAACAGCGCAAUAGAGAGCUGCAGCGGGAGAGACAGAGGCGCUACCGGCAGAGGAAAAAAGAUGUUGAGGUUGCCCAGCCUAGGACAAGGAAACAAUCUGAGAAGCUUCGGACACAAUGGAGAGAGCAAAAAAAAAAUCAAAGAGCAAGAAUGAGCAGACAAAAAGUAACCAGCUCCAACCAAAAAAGAAGAGAGUUCUAUACUUCAAAGAAAUCAAAGAAGAAUGAAGAUGUUAGUACGCCAUCCACCUCCACGCAACAGACUCCACCCCGCAAUCCGCCAAAGGACCAGAAAUCAACAGCUUCUUCCCGGACCGCCAAAUCCAGACACAAGAAAAAACUCUUAGACGGUCUACCGUCUGACCGGACUUUGAAGGCCGAUGUCUUCUGUGCUAGUAUUCAUCAACAGACCCCACGAUCAAAGAAGAUCAUUGCCAACAGAUUAGGCAUAUCAAUAUCAACCCCCAGUUCUGAUCUGAAGGAGUCCUUGACAUAUACACUGAAGCGCCUCUCGAGAAGCAAGACUGACAUGGUGAGGCGUCGCAUCAUUGCCAAUACAUUGAUGUCAAAGAAGAAGAAUAUGAAGUUAAUGAAAAGUGUGGGAAUUUCAAAGAAAGUUGUGCGGAAGAUGACUAAAAUCAGCAGAGAGACAAAGUGGCAGGAGUUCCGAAACAGAAGACAGGAUGCAGUAUCGGGUGAUGACAUGAAGACAGUCAAGAACUUUUAUCAUCAUGGUGAAAUAAGCUCAGACAACCCUAAUCCACGGUCUACCAUUAAGAAAAAUGGGACUCUCUUGUCUAGGAAGGUAAUGUCUACCACGCUGCAUUCAGCAUAUGAUCGGUUCAAGGUAAUCCACCCAGAGGUAAAGAUUGGGUUUAGUACGUUCAAACGCCUGCGACCCAUCCACAUCGUGCCCCGUACAGAAAACAAGUAUCGUGAAUGCCUGUGUGAAUACUGCGUAAAUAUCGAGCUCAAACUGCAGGCAGUGGAUCGAGCCCUGACAUCGUCCGGAAAGCCAGAACUGAAGAUCGGAAGCAAGUACAAGCUGUCAGACAUGACUCUCUGUGCCAGGCAACACAAUGGCCAUCACUCCAAAACAUGCAUCGAUCGUCACUGUGGAGAGUGUGGAGUAAACCGUGUUAAGGACCAUCUUGAAUGCAUUGUAAGAGUUGAGAAUAUUCACUGGUACCGGUGGCAGCAGGGAGAAGUAGGAGGCCUAAUCAGGACGACGAAGGUAGAGAAAAGCGGAACUGGCAGUGAUCUCUUGAAGGAAAUGUGCAAAGAGCUUGAUCCCUUCAGCUACCACCUCUUCAAUGCGAGGUGGCAGUACGAACAGUACAAAUCAAUAACUGCUGUUAUACCCCCUAACACUGUAGUUAUGUGCAUGGAUUUUGGGGAGAAUUACACGUGCAAGGCCCAGGAUGCCCCCCAAGGCUACCACUGGAACAACACCCAAUGUACCAUACAUCCUGCUGUGGCAUCUUACAAUUGUCCUGACCCAAACUGCACAAAAAUUGUAAGUGACUCGAUCAUCUUUAUUAGCAAUGAUCUAAAACAUGACCAACAUGCGGUGCAGCACUUCACAAAGAAAGCUACAGAACUACUCAAAGGAGACAACAUCACAGUAAACAGACUCAUCAUGUUCUCAGAUGGAGCACCUACUCAAUACAAAAGCAAGAUAAAUUUCACGGAUUGCUCAUACGGAUAUGAGGACUUUAAUGUACCAGUUGAGAAGCACUUCUUCGGGUCGAGACAUGGAAAGGGGCCAUGCGAUCGAGAAAUAGGCGUCGUGAAAAAGUCCGUCAACAUGGCUGUGGUGGCUCGGCAGGCCAACAUUUCUACCCCCUUGGAGUUUUAUGACGUUUGCAAGGGCAGACUUACACAGCCAAGGCACGGGGAGGACCAUGUCCAUAUGAAGAGACGGUUCUUGUAUGUGAAGAAAGGAGAUGUAGAUAGGAACAGGCCAGCAAGGACACAUGUCAAACCAGUAAAGAACACGCGUAAAUUGCACUGUGUAAGGGCGGUCCGUGCCAUGUGCAUAGAAGUCAGGGAACGCAGUUGCUUUUGUGAGGCUUGCAGACGAGGAGAUGAGUGUACAAUGAAGGAAAUAGCUGGGGAAUGGAGUUCAGAGAUUAUUCGUGCCACUGUGGCUGCAAGAGGUCCCGUUGAACUAGAAGAAGUGAUGGACGUUGAAGAACCUGCCACAGACAACCCAGUAGCAGACCCGCCAGCUGAUGACCCGCCAGCCGAUGACCCACCUUCCAGUAGCCAGCCUACCAUUCCGCCAGCUAACGACUUGCCAGCCAACAACUCACCAGCCAAUGCUCUGCCAACCAACCCGCCUGCCAAUGUACCAGCAGUCAAUCUGCCAGCCGAUGACUCACCUUCCAGUAGCCAGCCUACCAUUCCGCCAGCUAACGACUUGCCAGCCAACAACUCACCAGCCAAUGCUCUGCCAGCCAACCCGCCAGCCGACAACCAGCCAGCCGAUGACCCACCUUCCAGUAGCCAGCCUACCAUUCUGCCAGCUAACGACUUGCCAGCCAACAACUCACCAGCCAAUGCUCUGCCAGCCAACCCGCCAGCCGACGACCAGCCAGCCGAUGACUCACCUUCCAGUAGCCAGCCUACCAUUCUGCCAGCUAACGACUUGCCAGCCAAUGCUCUGCCAGCCAAUGCUCUGCCAGCCAACCCGCCUACCAAUGUCCCACCAGUCGUCAAGUAUGGGGAUUACAUUAAAGUCUUGCUCUUGGCUAACAACCGCACAGGCAAUACGAGGACAUAUGUAGGACUUAUACAUGGUAUUGACCACAAGUCUAACGAGAUGGAGGUGGCAUUUAUGAGGAGGCAUCAAUCAUAUUUCUUCUGGCCUGCCGUGCAGGACAAAGCUUGGGUCCCCUUGAACUCGGUGAUGGAGAAACUUGAGCCACCAACCUAUGACGCAAGAGGACAUCUUCUCUUUAAAUUUCUCCUUGAAGAAAAGGCCAAAUAAAUGACAUUGUUACUUGCAAACUGUCACAGAUGUCAGUUUAACCAUAUGCAGGGCUCCAAAUAGUUUCAUAUGGAAUUCUUUGCUACCAGAAUUUUCAUUUUCUUCAAUCUCUCUAGUUUUACAAGAAAUUUUGGGAUGAAAUCAAGAUGGAAAAUUAAACACUGAAUAGCUAAUUGCACAUGACUAUUUUGCACGCAAUUUGGAAGCUAUUCUGUUUAUAAAAUCCCAAUUAAAGGGAUCAGCUUGCCUUGGAAAUUAUUUUCCAGAAUUAAAGUAGAUGUACUUACAUCCCAGAAAUUUUCAUUGAAAAAAAACAAAGUUGCUAACUGAUCUUUGUCCUUUGAACUGAAGUUCCAGUAUAUGAAGCUAGGAUGAAAGCAUUACAUACAAAACUUAAUGAAACUAUGAAAUGCAAUGCAUUUUGGGGGGUAUUCAUUUGUUAUUACAUUGAAUGGAUAGUCUUAAGCAUGGUCACGUUGGAAUUCAAAAAGAUUACACGGACUAUAUUUGAUACUUGUAUAACUGAAUGAGUAAAUUGGUUCAGUUCUCUUGGAAACUGCUCAAACUGCACACCUAGUGGUGCUAAUCGAUUAAGUAUCGUGAAAUGCUUAAUGGUUAGGUAUUAAAAGAUUCAAAUAUCUUUGCAUUAAAGCGUAAUGUUUCUUGCUAGAACCUCCAGGUCUUGCUGCAAUCAAGUUGCCUGGUUAAAUGUUCAAAGGUGCUGGCCCUUUCAUUAUAAAGACGAGGAUAAUUAAAGAAUAAGCAGUAUGACUCCAUAUUUUCUUUUGGGGACAGGGUUUAGCCAAGCAGUGCAUGCAUUUGAACAAGAGUAGAAAUGAAAUACAUGAAGGUGAAAGGGCACUAUUACAAUUACCUCCACCGUCCAGCUAUGUUAUUAACUAGCAAGCAUGCUGAAGAGGGUGGUUAAGAACAUAAAGGUGCAUAAGACAUUCAAGCUUGGGUGUAAACACACAUCACAUAUAGCAGGGUUAGAGGUAAAGGGCAGGAGA